AUUACACUCUCUUGAAGUUCCUUACAGACAGUUAAAAAAUUGUUUCUAUGAGCACCUGCUCCUCAGCCCCAUACUUGACGUGAUGAGGAAGCUACCCACUAAGAAAAAUAAUUUUGGCAUUUUUCUACUGAAAGCUGGUAUUGUGGCUGAAUUCUCUGCUUUUAUUGGAUGUUUUUAUGUAUAUUAUCGAAUGAACACAAACCAAGAGUUCCGGUAUUACAUGCACAAGAACUUCAACUCUGGUUUAGAAGCGUAUUAUAAAGUUGGAGAUUUUUUUGAUUCAACCAACACCACACGUCAGCAAGACUUGACUGCUUUUGCUGCUUUGGAAGCUUCUUCAACAUCUGAGCCUCAAAAUUAAGUCAGGGGACAAGUGAAGAUAUUGAACAACAUGGCCAUCCCAAUCCAGUACAGAAAAGCCAUUGUCCGCACUGGCGUCAUUGGCUUUGGCACUUACCUGCUCUACAAGUUGAUCAUGCCUUCUGAUGAGUAUCUCAAGAAAUUCCACCAGGAUGCAGAUGAAAAGAAUAUCGGUUCUGGCCCCACCAGGUUAGGCCGCGUGGUGCAGCUCUCGCAGCAAGGUUAUUCCUACGAAGCUAUCACUAAAAUUAUCUCCGCGGAGCAGAAGGAGCGAUAUAAGGCGCUCUAUGCCAAGGAAGCUGAAGAGAGAAAAAGAGCCUUGGAGAGAGAGAAGCUAUCGGUGGCGGCGGAGGCUAAGUCCUUACAAGGCGUUGUGCGCUCUACCGUGGACACCAUCACACGCAGCGGCAGCUCUCCCACAAAUUAAAUUCUGACAUUUCAUUCUCUGAACCUUCGCUCAUACUAUGGAUGGUUGUUAAGUUAGUAACUAAACUAACUCAACAACCAUCCAUUUAAAGAAAGUAGCCGUGCGCUUCUUUAUAGCAAAUCGCACGAGGCAGCAGUGUAAGAAUUCAGUGUAUUGCCGUGAGGCGGCGCUUGCAACUAGAGGGCUCACAGCUAUCUCGGGUUAUUACUGAGAACCAUUUUUGAUAUUAAGAAAACAAUUGACAGGCUCAGUCUGAAAUCUGUGUGUGGCAAUCACUUUAAUAGGUUCUUCAAUGACUUCAAAACUAAAGAAUAAUAUUCACUUACUCACAGCUCAACAGCUGAAGAAAAUUUCUACCCCUUGGUUUCUAUUUCAUAUUAAUUUUGCCAUUGUUCCAUUCGUUGUACUGUGGUUAUUAUUCUUUUUUUUUUUUGUUGAGAUAGCUUCAACUAGAUCUUCGAUUUAAGCAGGUAGGUAGUCGACGACUGGUUUAGUCAUGGUGUUGGGUAACGGGCAUUGCUUGAUUAUUGUAUUUUAGCGCAUUUUCUCAUUU